AUGCCUCGCGGGACACCACCUCGUACCGUCGUCUACUACCAGACGACUACCGUGCAGCUCGACGAUCUUGUUGCCUACAUCGACGAACAACCCAUCAAGCAAUCCCCAAUCACCCACCUCAUCAUCGGCUGUUUUCAUCUCCGAACAAAUGGAUACCUGCACCUGAACGACUACACACCCGACAAUGAACAUUUCAACCACAUCUGGCCUAACAUGAAGGCACUCCAGGAGAGGGGCGUCAAAGUCAUGGCCAUGAUCGGCGGCGCCGCACAAGGCAGCUUCCAGGUCCUAGACGCGGAGGCCUCCUUCGAGGAGUGCUAUAAUACGCUCUCCACCAUGCUUAGUGACUACAAUUUCAAUGGCAUCGACCUAGACAUCGAAGAAACAAUGUCCCAGGCCGGCGCAAGUCGGUUGAUCAAUCGUUUGACUGUCGACUUUGGACCCGACUUUGAGAUAUCGAUGGCCCCCGUCGGAACCGCCUUGCAGGGUGGGGUUGACGGCUUCUCUGGCAUGAACUAUUACGACUUGGAGCAGGAGCAUGGGGAGCAGAUAUCCUUCUACAAUGUUCAGCUUUACAAUGGGUUCGGAACCAUGGCGACCACUCAAGACUACGAGGCAAUUGUUGACGCCGGGUUUCAUCCUUCUCGCGUUGUGGCCGGUGUUUUGACUAAUGAAGCCAAUGGAGGGGACUUUGUCGAUCUGGAGACAGUCGGCAGAACCGUGAGAGCGUUACGGGCCAAGUAUCCCGAUUUUGGUGGUGUUAUGGGCUGGGAAUAUUUCAAUUCUGUGUCUGGGGGAGAGGAGCGUCCGUAUGAGUGGAGUGUUGAGAUUUCGAAGUAUCUGAACUGGAUGCAGUGA